GGGAGAGAGGUGAGCAGCAUUGAGGAACUGAGUUCAUACAAUACUACUGAGACAUCUACAGCUUAGCAGACAGAUACGGUGAACCGCCUAUCCCGGCUCCUGUAAGUGAUGCUGCACUGAGGCACACUUUGAUCCAACUCCACUGGGGGGGCGAUGCGCUCUCUUUGCAUCCCGCAUUUAAGAGUUUUUUGGGGGGGAGAGCGCGUACAGCCUUGAAUCAGUCAAAACAAGUGGUUAUAACAUUAAAAUAGGUUUAAGCUUUCACUUUUUCAUCAGAAGUCUCUCUCUGUUUUUUUUCGCCCUCUUGGAUUUAAGUUUGAUGUGCGGUUUAAGAGGCUUUUAACGCACACACGUGUAAGUUUGCUGCCAGCUGGCGAAAAUAGGAAUUUCAAGGCAAAUUAGGCUAGAGAGACAAAGUUUAUGUAAAACAAGCGUGGAUCACUGCGUAUCUCCGCCUGUGGGAUUGUGAGCCCAAUACAUCCGAAGAGGAAUUACAGCGUCCUUUAAGUUGAUCGCUGUGCAUGCCCUUUUUCUCUUGCACGCGAGGACCACAUUUUUUUUUAGCACAUGGAUAAGUUUUUGUAGUGGAUAACAUUUUUUCUACGCUUCUUACCGAUUUUGAUGAGGAUCCUUUCUGCCCGUUUCCCCCACUUCACAUUAAUUCAUGGCACUUCUUUUUUGUGAAUCAGUGAUGUCUCUGCGCGACGGUACUCACGGUUGAUUUUUUUCAUCGUAUUCGAACGGAAAGAUUUGCUGCAGUGAAAGUGAGGCUCCCAUCUACUCUUGAGUAUGGACUUAGCAAGUCAGGCUCAUGUGCUGGUGGUCUUGCUCACCUGUGUGGUCUUACAAUGCCAGGCCCAGGAGAGGGACUACACAGUGAAGGAGGAGCAACCGGAGAACGUCCGAAUUGGGAAUCUGCGCAAGGACCUGGACCUGAACCUAGACCCCAGCAUCAGGCUAUCCUCGCCGUUGCAGUUCAAGCCUGUGUAUAAAACGGGCGAUGUGCCUUUGGUGAGGGUGGAGGCUAACACAGGGGAGAUCUUUACCACCAAUCACAGAAUUGACCGGGAGAAGCUGUGCUCCGGGGUCUUCAACGAGAAACGCUGCUAUUACGAGAUUGAGGUGGCAGUGUUGCCGGAUGAGAUCUUCAGAUUGGUCAAGAUCCGCUUCCUGAUUGAGGAUGUGAAUGACAACGCACCCCUUUUCCAGUCCACUGUAAUAAACAUCUCCAUCCCAGAGAACACAGCCAUUAACACACGAUACCCGGUGCCCUCAGCAUUUGACCCUGAUGUUGGGAUCAAUGGGAUCCAACAUUAUGAACUAGUCAAGAGUGUCAGUGAGUUUGGCUUAGACAUCAUUGAGACGCCCGAAGGUGACAAGUGGCCGCAGCUUAUCGUUCAGCAGAACCUGGAUCGUGAACAGAAGGAUACCUUUGUCAUGAAGAUAAAGGUGGAGGAUGGUGGCAACCCUCCCAAAUCCAGCACAGCCAUUCUCCAAGUCACCAUUUCUGACGUCAAUGACAAUCGCCCCGUUUUCAAGGACAGUGAGCUGGAAGUCACAGUACCAGAAAACGCACCAGUGGGAACAUCGGUCGCUCAGCUUCAUGCCACGGAUGCAGACUUGGGUUCCAAUGCGCAGAUCCACUUUGCCUUCAGCAACCAGAUCUCUUCCUCGACCAAACGUCACUUUGCCAUCAACAGCUCUACUGGACUUAUCACUGUGAAGCAGCCACUGGACAGGGAGGUAACUCCUGUUCAUAAACUCAUUGUCCUGGCCAGUGAUGGCAGCUCCACCCCUUCCAGAGCCACAGUGACUGUUAAUGUAACAGACAUUAAUGACAAUGUUCCCUCUAUAGACACUCGCUACAUUAUCAACCUGGUUAAUGGAACUGUUCUGCUGUCUGAGAAUGCACCUCUGAACACCAAAAUAGCCCUAAUUACUGUUACUGACAAGGAUGCAGAUCUUUAUGGCAAAGUAGCUUGCUACACUGACCAUGAUGUUCCUUUUCGAUUGAAGCCUGUCUUUAAUGAUCAGUUUUUACUCGAGACAGCUGCUCCUCUAGAUUAUGAGACGACUCGAGAAUAUGCAAUUAAGAUAGUGGCCUCGGAUAGGGGGACACCUCCUUUGAACACUUCAGCUAUGGUCUUAAUUAAAAUCAAGGAUGAGAACGACAAUGCGCCCAUCUUUCCCCAGCCAGAAAUCCAGCUUUCCAUACCGGAGAACAAUGACCCCUCUACACAGUUAAUAAAAAUAAGCGCCACUGACGCAGACAGUGGACAUAAUGCAGAGAUUAUUUAUACUCUCAGCCCUGAUGCGCCUGAUGGGUUUAACAUUGACAGACGGUCAGGAAUUCUCUCUGUUGGCAAACGACUGGACAGAGAGAAGCAGGAGAGGUACUCAUUCACUGUCAUAGCGAGGGACAAUGGCUCUACAUCCCUGCAGAGCAAUGUCACUGUCAAGCUAAUUGUCCAGGACCUUAAUGACAACAGUCCAACUUUCACACACCCUGAGUACAACUUCUAUGUGCCUGAAAACCUGCCUCUCUAUGGAACUGUUGGCUUAAUCACAGUAACGGAUGCAGAUGCAGGAGAUAAUGCUGUUGUAACUUUGUCCAUUUUGAAUGGGAAAGACAAUUUUAUCAUUGACCCCCAAACUGGCGUGAUCAAACCCAAUAUUACCUUUGAUAGGGAACAGCAAAGCUCCUACACAUUUAUGGUAAAGGCAGUUGAUGGAGGACAACCUCCAAGCUCCUCCUAUGCCAAGGUCACUAUCAAUGUAGUCGAUGUGAAUGACAAUCGCCCCGUGUUCGUCAUUCCGUCCUCCAAUUACUCAUAUGACCUAGUGCGAACCACCACCACCCCUGGUGCUGUGGUCACCAGAGUGUUUGCCAUUGACAAUGACACUGGUAUGAAUGCUGAGCUGCAAUACAGUCUUAUUAGCAGCAUCAUCAUUACAUCUAGGGUCUCCCCUCGAGGUCUCUUUGCCAUCGACAGAACAACGGGUAACAUAACACUGCAGGAGAAAAUAGUUUCAGCUGAUCAGGGGCUGCACAGGCUGGUAGUCAAAGUCAAAGAUUUAGGCCAGCCGGAGUCAUUACAUGCUAUUGCACUCGUUCACUUGUUUGUAAAUGACUCUGUGUCAAAUGCUACCUUUAUACAAGAGCAACUGCGAAAAAGUAUGGAGACACCAUUGGAUCGCAACAUAGGGGACAGUGAGGUAGCACCUCAAGCUAACGGAUAUGUGAUUGUCGUCAUAGCUAUCAUAGCGGGGACCAUGACUGUCAUCUUGGUGAUAUUUGUGACCGCUUUAGUGCGCUGCCGACAGACACCCAGACAUAAAGUAGUGCAGAAGGGCAAGCAAAGUGGAGAGUGGGUGUCACCUAACCAAGAAAACCGUCAGAUCAAGAAAAAGAAGAAGAGAAAGAAGCGAUCUCCUAAGAGCCUCCUCCUGAACUUUGUGACCAUAGAUGAAUCCAAGCCUGACGACCCCACGCACGAGCAUGUUAAUGGUACACUGGAUCUCCCUGUGGAGCUAGAGGAGCAAACCAUGGGGAAGUACAACUGGGCAACCACGCCGACCACCUUCAAACCUGACAGCCCCGAUUUAGCCAAGCAUUACAAAUCUGCAUCCCCUCAGCCUACGUUUCAAAUCAAACCCGAAACACCAGUGGCCCCAAAGAAACACCACGUGAUCCAGGAGCUCCCCUUGGACAACACAUUUGUGGUGGGAUGUGACUCACUCUCCAAAUGCUCAUCGACUAGCUCCGACCCAUACAGUGUCUCAGAGUGCAGCUGUCAGGGGGGAUUCAAGACUGCGGGGCAAAGCACCAACCGACAGAACCAGAGCCAGACACCAGAGAAGUCUUUUAACUCACCGCCUCCCAUUUGUCCUCAUAAGGAGGCCUGUCAAUUGGGGAAGAUCACCUCUGUGAAUACCCAGCGCCGUGUGACGUUCCAUCUUCCAGACGGUUCCCAGGAGAGUUGCAGUGACAGCGGGCUUGGAGACCCGGAGCCUAGCAUCACUGCCAGUACCACCCAGCCUCUUCCCCUUAGCUUCCCCCAAGAGGAGUACUAUGAGCAAACAUCACCUAACAGCCGGACCGAGGGAGAUGGAAACUCAGACCCUGAAUCCACCAUCGAGGUAAACCUGCAGAAAGCCUUGGCUGAGGCCUCUGAGACCUGUACCCAGGAGUGUCUAAUACUAGGCCACUCUGACAGCUGCUGGAUGCCCCCAGCCCUGGCCCAGUUCCAGGGUCCUGGCAGCAACAGCCCCAUCUCCACCCCUACCACUACUGCCAUCACUGCUGCCCUCCCCUCUUUUGGUUUCCAGCAGAGCUGUGCCCGGGGAAUAAAAGCUAACAUGGGCAGCAUGGGGGUCAUGGAUGGCCGCCAUACAUUGGGCAGGUCUGUGCCCAAAAAAGAUGAACUGGACAAAGGGAUCAAUCGUCCACAGUUCUACAACACCCUGGAUAGACACUGCAGUAAGAAGGAGGACCCCAUCAAGGUCAUUCCCCUGGCAAGCUUCUCCUCUCCCGGGCAGCAGACUGGUGGGGGGGGCAGCUCUUUCUUACAUGAGAACCAGUUGUAAUAGUAAAAGACGGAUCUUCAUUGGCUUAGCAUACACGUGACUCCAUCCAAAGAUGGCCUACAACUAUUAGAUUAGUAUGUAUGCGUAUUUGUGGGGUAUGCAUAAUUGGAAUAACUUGACCAGCUCAAUAACCAGCUCAAGCUCAGUUUCACUAAUUAAGAUAUCUGAGAAUGGAUUGGAGAUAAUUAUGAUGAUGUUAAAAAAAGAAAUCAAGUGAAACCAGUCUGACAAGCGAGGAAGGAGCAAGCAAGUCGUAACAUAGAAGACACAUGUAUAAUAAAUAAAUGGUUAUAUGCCAAAGUAGAUCCAUCACAAAAAAAGGAUAAUUUUGCUUUCUGUUUGGUGAAGUUUGCUUAGCGAUAAAAAAGGCCAGUGUACACCUUCAGCUCCUUGGGUUUAGCUUUGUGUAAGUGCAUUCCAAAAGACAAUUUCCCUGCACGGAAGCAAAAGCAAAUGCAGUACUUUGUGUUAUGUGAGCUAAAUUGGGCUAAAUGCUAAUUACAAACUCUUGAGUGGAUGUUUUUUUUUGUUUGUUUUUUUUUCUGUUGAUGUUCUAGUGAAGUAUUGCUUUGUAAAGCACAUGGCACAAACCUUUUUGGUGGUGGAACAUGUUUCUUUUGUCUUGUCUGGACAUGUUUUAGAAGACUAUUUUGGUCAAGGGGCUGCAGAAGGAUAAAAAAUGUCUACAAAGCAUAACUGGGCCAAUAGUAGACAGUGCUGCAUCUUCGUCUUUUGCAUUCUACAUUCUCACCCUGGACCAAUGCAUAAAAAAAAACCCACAAACACAAAGCCUUGCACAUACGCAUACGUUUUUUGUUUUGUUUUUUUCACAUGUGGUGAUUGCUCUAUGCCUGCCAACUCUAUUAAGAAAAUGUUCACACUUAGCAUUGUCGCAGUAGCUUAGCCUUGAAAGGAGCAGACAGAUGCGCUUUGGAAAUGUCGUCUCUGUUUUCUUCCUUUUUGUUUCUAUUUCUCUCAUUUUGCUGCUGAGAAACAUUCAAAUGGUAACAGCUCUGGAGCCAAUUAUGAAAUUCUCAGUCUAAUUACUUUGAUGUGUGAUCUCUGUAGUGACCCUCAUUGUGGUUUGGAGGUUUGGAUUAAAUCUAUUGCUUUUCCUAAAACAUGCUCUGCGUGUGCAGACAAAGUGUAAAGGUGACAAUAACACAGCGAAAGCAGCUUAACACUUCCUUUAUUCCCACUGUAUUUUAACACUUGUGUUCCUGCUAUUAAUUACUACUUUGUUUUCAUUUCACUAAGUUACACUGCAAAGUUUCUAUUAUCAGUUUUUACAAUGUGUUGACACUGGAAUAAUAGACCAGGGAGCAAAAAUUUCUUCAGGGCUUUGAGUCUAGCUGAAUUAUUGAUGUUAAUGUUAUUUUGGCAGUUAUCAUAAGAAUAGGCAUUGGUACUAUUUGAAAGGCCCUCCCUGCAGGCUGUCGCUCACAAGGUUCGAUAAACACACUACAUCACUGCCGGUGUGUGCAAAUUGUACUGAUGAUAAUAACUACUUCAGACUAACUUCCUGCUGUAACAGAUUGGGUGCAGUAUAAUCUAUUGCUACAGCAAUAAGUGACUUUGCUGAUAUCCAUUUUUCUUGCCUGUAACAUCCAAGCCAGGUGUCUACAUCAUCAGGUAUAUGAUUCAUGUGAUUCAUUUUGCAGUACCACCUUGCAAAUUGGGAACAGGCCUAAAUCUAUAAUGCAACACGGUAUUCUCAAGGGAGGGUGCAAGGCAAAUUGUGUUAGUAUGCUAUUAGUUGCCACACCUAUUCUCUUAGAUCAGAGCUCUUAUCCGUAUAAAGGGGAUUUAUCAGAGACUUUGUGAAACGAUCACUUAAAGGAACGGCGUCAAGGACUAAAAAUAAAAAAAGAAGGGACAAUUCAAUUUCACCUUAGUCAAUUAUGAAAAUGAAUCAAAUUCAAAAGUUAAAUCCUCCUAUAAAUAUCCACUGAUGGAAAUUGCCCUGUUUGGGAAUCCAAUUUCGACCUAUUUACUAAUACUUUCAUUUUCUUUUCUCUAUCAUUUUCAUUUCAUAUGAUUCCACUGGUGUUGGUGUA